AUGCAAGUGGUUCUGGACCUGAUUGUCAAGCUGCAUCAUGCCUGCCUGUCUCAGCCGACUGUGUUGACCUGUUUUCCAGGUGUUACUUCCGGGGAGGUCUCCUGCACGGACAGCUGUUACUUCCGGGAGGCCUGGAGGACAGGUGUUACUUCCGGGGAGGCCUGGAGGACAGGUGUUACUUCCGGGGAGGCCUGGAGGACAAGUGUUACUUCCGGGGAGGGCUCCUGCACAGACAGGUGUUACUUCCGGGGAGGCCUGGAGGACAGGUGUAACUUCCGGGGAGGGCUCCUGCACGGACAGGUGUUACUUCCGGGGGGGACGCGCUGCGAGGAUGGCGUUUACUUCUGGGGGACACUCCCAGAGGGCGCGGAAAGCUGGUGCGAAUCUAUCCGGGCCGGAGACAAGGGCUCCUACCUCCCUGGUCGGAGUGAGGCUGCUGGCGCUCUGAGGAAAGCGGCGCCUGAGGAGCGCCCCGGCCGCAGCGGUGCCCGGUGCCUGGCGGAGCCGAGGAGGAACGGGGCGAGGCCCCCCAUCCCCGAGUUCCUUGAGGGGAGGAACGCGGCGCCAGUCCUCGCUGCAGCUGGAAGCCCUGUCUACUGUGAAUCUCCAUCUCCAAUUAUCUUCAGUGGUUCUCCCCGACGAACGUUUCCUCUGAGUGCACUGUUGCCGUGGGAAUGUGUCACCGAAGGAGGAAGUGAGAGUCCGGGGCUCCACCUUGUCCUCCUGCACAGGAGUCACAGUUUCUGGACAUGGGGUGCACAGGGCUCUUCGGGGGCUCUGGGCUUAUCAGUGGUUUCCUGCAUCGUGAUACUCUCAUUCCAACAUGUGGCCCUCGUCCCAGGUGCUUCCAGGUGUCUCGGUACCACCGGGCACCAAGGUGCUGGGCUUGUGUAAGUCUCCUCCUGAGUAUGUGAGACACUGGAAUGUGACUAAGUAAUUGAAUUUUUGACAUAUGCAAAAAAGUUGUAAAAUAGAUUAAAAAGUACCGUAAAUAGACAUCUAAAAGAAAGGAACAGAUGGGCUCUUUGUUAAGAUGUUCAGAUAAAGCCAGAAACUGAGAAGCAGAUGGCUUGGAUGCCUGGGGUAGUUUGGCAACGGGACCUGGAGCCAGUGGAGCAGCAGAUCAAGCUCUGCCUUCCCAGGACAACCUGAGCACACGGACGGGCCCCUGCACACGCGGCGUCUGCUGCUGCGUAGUGGAAACGCCCAUUUGUGCUCCACUUCCAUCGAAAGCAGUGAAUUCACACUCAGCGGUUGGGGAGGGCGCCUGAAGUGUGAGGGAGAGGGGCAGAUAAAAGCAAGCAUCCCAAGAGUGCUGACUUGGGUUUAAUCUUUGUAAUAUUGGCUUAGCCCUAUCAUAUUUGCUUUAUCUGUGGAAUCUUCUUAGGAAUAUGCAAAGUGCACCUGCUCAUUUUCCUGGGUGGGCGAGAAUUUCUGGUGGUGCCCACUGGCAGGAGCAUGUGGAUGCUGCACAGCAGUUGUGGACACUGUUCACAUUCAUGCAGCACUUUCCAUCCUGAACCACUUUCUUUUUUUUUUUUUCUUUUUAUUUUUUUUUUGCCAGGCAGAGUUAGUCAUUGAGAGAGAGAGACAGAGAGAGAGAGUCAUAGACAGAGAGAGACAGAGAGAGAGUCAUGGACAGUGACAGAGAGAGAGACAGAGACAGAGAGAAAGGUCUUCCUUCCGUUGGUUCACUCCCCUACUGGCUGCUACAGCUGGCGCUGUGCCGAUCCGAAGCCAGGAGCCGGGUAAUUCCCCCUGGUCUCCCAUGGGGUGCAGGGACCCAAGCACUUGGGCCAUCCUCCGCUGCCCUCCUGGGCCACAGCAGAGAGCUGGACUGGAAGAGGAGCAACAAAGACUAGUACCUGGUACCCCAACCAGGACUAGGACCCCGGGGUGCCGGCGCCGUAGGCAGAGGAUUAGCCAGUGAGCCAUGGCGCCGGCCCUGAACCACUUUCUAAACAGACACAGAUCCACUCUCUUAUCAGAAAUCAUUCCACUAGCGUGGCCGACCCCACAGAGCGGGGCAUGGAUUGAAAGCAGCCGCUUCCGCCCAGCGAGCUGAUGCCCCUGAGCAUUCCUGCUCCGUCUGACCUGCCACAUCCUCAGUUUCACGUGGAUCCCCUCCGUCUCAUGUAGGGAUGCUGGUUCACAUAUGUAGGUUUUAUUAAAACCCUGAUGCAAGUUUUGUUUACAGGCUUUUCUCCAUGUCAGCAGUGUCUUAGGAUUUUACACAGGAAUCUGACUCAUUCUGAAGAUGAACAGCGUGAUAGUCACAGGACAGGAUCCUACAGUCUGUGGAGUAUUUAGCUUAUUUCAUUAAAAACAUGUCUAUCACUAGCCAUACUUUCUUGAGCAAAUGUGAACAAGCACAUCGAUGGCCAUGUGUGGAUAAACAAGCUGAACUGCUCAGUGAAUAUAAAAAAUGUAAAUGAUUAAGUUUGUGAUAGACAGGGUGGAACCAGCUUAACAACUCGUUUUCCCAGCUCUGUGCUGCCAGAUCGGGAUCCCCUGUUGAGAUGGGUGUGGCAUCAGGCGUGGCUGUGGGUUGUAGGUCUGGCAUCAGGUGUGGCUGUGGGUCAGGGUGGCUGUCACAGGUGUGGUGUCAGGCGUGGCGGCUGUGGGUCACAGGUGCAGGAUCAGGUGUGGCUGUGGGUUGCGGGUGUGGUGUCAGGCACGGUGGCUGUCGCGGGUGUGGUGUCAGGCGUGGUGGCUGUUGUGGGUGUGGUGUCAGGUGUGGUGGCUGUCGUGGGUGUGGUGGCUGUAGGUUGCAUGUGUGGCAUCAGGCGUGGUGACUGUGGGUCAUGAAUGUGGCAUCAGGUGUGGUGACUGUGGGUCAUGAAUGUGGCAUCAGGCAUGGUGGCUGUCCUGGGGUCACUGGCUUCCCACAGUAGUGCCAUCGAGGAGUCCUGGCCUCCCCUGUGUGUGGCGCCUCCCUGGCCUGCUUCUCCACACAGGAGUGGUGCUCAGGGCAUGGAAUUUCCUGUUUGUUCCAAUGCACUUUUUAAAUUUUUAGAAAAGAUUUAUUUAUGUGAAAGUCGGGGACUGGCGCUGUGGUGCAGCGGGUUAAAGCCUCAGUUUGCAGUGCCGGCAUCCCAUAUGAGCGCCAGUUCGA